UCAUACCUCAUACCUAUCCGGCAGGGUGUAGGGGUGACGAUGGUGCUGGUCAGCACUCUGGUGGCGAUCUACUACAACGUCAUCGUGGCCUACAGCAUCUACUACUUGUGUGCCUCGUUCCAGUCUCCGUUGCCGUGGAGCGACUGCUUCUCCUGGUCAGACGAGCGCUGUGGUGUCUCUCCCAAAGGCCUGUGCAACGUGACCUCUGGAAACGGGACCAUGCUGGUGAACACAACCUGGCUAUCGGACAACAACCAGACCUGCCCUGAGCCCAGCCUGGUGCCCCUCCCCGUGCAGAGCCCCAGUGAACAGUACUGGGACUUGGUGGCGCUGAAGCGCCCUGCGAGCAUGGAGGAGACGGGGGAGGUGGUCUGGUCCCCGGCCCUCUGCCUGCUCCUGGGCUGGCUGCUGAUUGCCGUGUCUCUCCUCAAAGGCAUCAAGUCCUCUGGGAAAGUGGUGUACUUCACAGCCACCUUUCCCUACGUGGUCCUCCUGAUCCUGCUGAUCCGGGGAGUCACUCUGGAGGGCUCCAGAGAGGGGAUCGACUACUACAUCGGCACCCAGUCCAACCUGACCAAGCUCGUGGAAGCAGAGGUGUGGAAGGAUGCCGCCUCACAGAUAUUCUACUCGCUCUCCAUUGCUUGGGGCGGGGUCAUAACCCUGGCGUCCUACAACAAGUUUGAAAACAACUGCUACAAGGACUCCAUCAUCGUGUGCGGGACCAGCGUCUUCGCCGGGUUCGCCAUCUUCUCCAUCCUCGGUCACAUGGCCCACGUGUCGGGGAAGCCGGUGUCAGAGGUCGCGCAGGCUGGGUUUGGCCUGGCGUUUAUCGCCUGCCCUGAAGCCCUGUCCCAGCUGCCCGUGUCCCCGCUGUGGUCUGUGCUGUUCUUCUUCAUGCUGCUGACUCUCGGCCUGGACUCUCAGUUCGCCAGCAUCGAGGUCAUCACCACUUCGCUUCAGGACAUUUUCCCCGCCGUCUUCAAGUCCAAAGGGAGCCUGCUGACUGUGGCCACCUGCAUCACCCUCUUCCUGCUGGGGCUGCCCUGCGUCACUAGAUCAGGGAUUUACUGGGUCACCCUGAUGGACCAUUUCUGCGGCGGGUGGGUUCUUCUGGUGGCCGCAAUACUGGAGCUGUUUGGACUGUGCUAUAUCUACGGAGGGAACCGCUUCAUCAAGGAUAUCGAGAUGAUGAUCGGGGAGAGGAGCUCCUGGUUCUGGCUCUGGUGGAGGUCCUGCUGGUUCUUCAUCUCGCCCUGCGUCCUCCUUGUUAUCCUGGCCUGGUCCCUCCUCACGGUCUCCAUGCCCACCUAUGGCUCUGUGGUGUACCCCCCCUGGGGCCUGACCCUGGGCUGGUGCAUGACGGCCUUCUGCCUGCUGUGGAUCCCCGUCUGCGCCAUCUGGAAGGUGCUGAGGGCCGAAGGAAACCUAUGGCAGCGCGUGAAGACGGCGUGCUCCUCAGCGGAGGACUGGGGGCCGUACCUGGAGCGCCACUGGGGGGAGCGCUACCAGAGGAAGCGCUGCUAUUGGAGGAAGAGCUCCCUGACCUCGCCCGACUCUGACACCUGCGUCAUCACCAACAUGCACAGCAUCAAGCUCUGACCACACCGCCAUUCCCACUCCAUUCCCACGCCAUUCCCAC